AUGGAUAGCGUCAUUAGUCAGGUCAAAAAGUUGGCUCAGGAUGCGGACGAGGCUACUAGGAAGAAGAUCCUAAAUGAUCUUCGCGAUCUAGCCUUAUAUCUUGAGACGCCGCAGGAUACGAUGCAGAGAAUAUCCUAUCUGCAUCUGCAGCCACCUCUCGUUCGAAUUGGACUGGACUUAAAAAUUUUCGAUAUCCUUGCCGAAAGCGAUCAUCCACUGACCGUAAAAGACUUGGCUGCGAAGACAAAUGCCGCACCAACACUACUAGGUGAGUUUCCAUCAACGAUCAUGUUAUUUCUCAAGUUGGAUUUAUGGCGAAAUCUCAAGUUCAUUUUCCUAACCUUGGAGAUAAUAGCCCGUAUUCUUCGAUAUCUUGCCUCAGUUGGGACGAUUAAGGAGAUUGAUGUCAACACGUUCUUUGGCAAUAAUGUUACCAAUUAUCUGAGCGAUGAAGGUAUUGGUAGUGCUGUAUACCACAAUGUCAAUACCGUUGCUCCUGCAAUUUUCGCCCUACCAGACUUUUUAGCAAAAAAUAAAUACCAGGACAUUACAAGUCCAGUCAACACACCUUUACAACAAGCAUUCAACACGGAUCUGCCGGCAUUUGUUUGGGCACAGACACAGCCUGACCGAAUCUUCCACUUUAGCAAGUUCAUGGAGGCCGAUCAACGUGGAAUAAGUCAAUGGUUUGAGGUAUAUCCAAUUGAGAAACGGUCCGAGAACUUGAAACCAGAUCAAGCCUUGUUUGUGGACGUUGGAGGAAACAUCGGUCAUCAAAGUGUGGAGUUGAAACAUCGACUACCUCAUAUCAAAAAUGACAUAAUUCUCCAGGAUUCGGAAAUAGUUCUUGCAAAUGCCAUACCAUGCGACGGAGUAAAGCCUAUGGUUUUUGACUUUUUCCAACCUCAAGUUUUAAAAGGUGAUCAUCGACCUUCACUCUUCUGGGUGACGGCGCGCGAAUCUACUAUUUCCGAAAGAUUUUACACGAUUGGGCCGAUGAAGAUGCCCUCGAAAUUUUGA